CGGACCGCUAGCGGCUAGCCGUUUACAGGUGGUGGAUGAAAGUAAAUCUGGCAACGGUUACGAGUUGCGACACCAUUUCAUGUUGACAAGCCGAGAAACGAGUUGUAUCAAACUGAAACUGAAACAUUGAAUUGAUCUCGUUUUUUUGAGAAAUACGCCAGAAACAUUAAGGUUUCACACAUCAGUGGGGCUGUUCAUGUUAUUCGUAACCAAAAUUGCUGGUGUCAUGAGACCUGUGGAACGACUGCUGGCCUCCUCAGCAAGACCGCCCAACAUUCUAAUAUGUACGAGUGACAAAGAAGUUUUUCAGCAAUAUCGAGCCCUCUUUGAAUCCACACUAGAGCCGGAUUGUUAUGCCCUUUACCAUCUCGAUGAACUCUCAUUUCGUUCUAAAAAAGCUUGGCUAAGCAACACAAGCCUCCUAGUACUUGCUUCUCGAUGGUCUGAUAAUGACUUGCACGAUCCGCUGGAAGAGUACAUCAAGAAGGGUGGUCAAUGUCUUUCCCUACACCCUUUUUCUCCAAAAUGGCUGAAUGGAACCCAAGUGAAUGGCGUUACAAAGUACGUAUCUGAUCAAGGCUUACUAGUCUCACCAGUCGACAAGCUUGAUUUCGCUCAAGUACUUCCACAUAUUCUAGAACUUCACUUCCACAUUAAGACACAAGUCAAAAGUCAACAGGAGGCUCGUAUUGAAUCACAGCAAAUGGUUGGCCAUUUAAUCGCUGAACCUUAUCACCAAGAAGCUUUUUUCCGUAAUUUUGGCCGACAGUCCCCUGAUAUGAUGACUGUUGAGCUCACCAAGUCAUUUUCGACAAACAAGCAAGAACCACCGAUAAAUAUUCGCAGAAACCAAAGCUCAAGAUUUAACCAACGCGAUUAUUUUGAUAUGCUGAAGACCAAAGUCUUGGGUCGAACAGGCCUGUAUUUCGAUGUGGUUGGAUCUACCCACUCGGUUUUGGAGGGAUGUGAUUCAUUUCCAGAUGGUUUGGUCGUGAUUGCCCGACGUCAGAGUCAAGGUCGAGGACGAAGUGGUAAUGUUUGGAUGAGUCCUGAAGGUUGCGCCAUGUUCUCCUUGCGGAUGCGGUUUCCUUUGCAGUCGGAACUCGGAAGGCACUUGCCUCUUCUUCAACACAUUGUUGCAUUGGCAAUAGUAUUAGCAGCUAAAGGUCUCCCACACUGCCACGAGUUGCAGCUGGGAGUAAAAUGGCCCAACGAUGUCUACCAUCAAGAUGUCUCUCGAAAAAUGAGUACUAAAAUUGGUGGUGUUUUAGUGACCACUUCCAUAAUGGGAUCAAUAGUCAUGGCAGCCAUCGGUUGUGGUGUAAAUCUGAACAAUCAACGACCGACGUUGUGUCUUAAUGAUCUCAUCCGCCAGGUAGGAGAAACCCGCCCACUUUCAUUGGAACACUUUCUUGCUGCCGUAUUCAAUCAACUAGAAAAUUUAGUGGAUUCAAUCUCUUGUGGCCGACUGAACCAAGUUCUGGCGUUAUAUCACCAACACUGGCUUCAUAGCAAAGGAACUGAAGUAACUGUCUUGACUGCCGACGAUGAAACUGUUACAGCUCAAAUUUUAGGAAUAGAUGAACAUGGUUUUCUACGUGUACAACCCCGGGAGGGACCUAGCAUCACGGUGCAUCCAGACGGCAAUUCUUUUGACAUGCUUAAUGGAUUGUUGGUCCCCAAACUGAUACGCUAAGUAGCCUACCGUCCAAUCUUGAUCAGUUUGAAAUUGUAGAUUUAUAAAUAUUUAAAGCGAGUGUUAUUCCUUGAUCAUUUCUUCAUGGUAUAAUAAACCGCGUUGCAGGCAGCUAAGUAGUAUAUUGUUAUAUUUUGGAAAAUGUUGGGUAGUUUUUACACGUUCAAAUUUGGGCAGUAGCAAACAAGAAAUUGUCUUCGAUUAAUCUUAUAUUUUCUUUUAGGAAAGUGAUACGAUAAAUGAAGAUUCGCGAGACGGAGGUUAUUAAGGGGUGACUGACCCAGAUUGAGAUCCUUUUAUUUUUUUUAUUCACUUCCUCGUUAGUUUGGGUUGGUGAGUUCGAAUAACGGUAUCUUUGAGUUCAUUCUCGGUCAUCCUUUACCUUUUGCAUUAGUCGUCCAUUGUUUGGUUUUCUCGAGCACUGAACUGCGUAUAUCACUUAAGCUUGUUGCCCUGAAACUUUUCUUCCAAUAGAGUCUGAAAGUACGAAAUCAAAAUAUGGUCCAUUUCUGGGUUCGUGCUUUUUGCUAGCAGUCACACUUUUGGAGCACUGUACCAAUACCAAACAAAACCUAAUCAAUACAUCAGCAAGUUAGGUACGCGAAUAGUAACAGAAUGAACAUAAUAUUCCCCACGUCUUUGCUAAUUUUCUGCUCCGUAAUCAACAACUACCCGGUCGAAGCCUCGCGUCCCGUAAGCGUCAUCGCUCACAUGGUCAACACACCAAAUUCUAUUCGAUGGGCUUUGGAUCAAGGCGCUAAUAGUAUCGAGAUUGAUUUGAAGUUUAACGGCACUCGCCCCAGUAACUUUCAUCACGGCUUCCCUUGUGACUGUAGUUGCCUAUUGGAUUUUUCAACAUUUCGACACAACGGAUGCAAAGUUCUCGGUGAAGAUUGUUCAGCCUCCACCUCCGUUGCGGAAAUGAUUAAGUUCUUGUCUAGUCAUGAGAUUAUCUCUUCACGUCUGGCAGUUAUUUACGUCGACGCGAAACUUGACAAUUCAGUGGGAAAUUACGCCGAGGCGGGGGCCAAUGUAGUGCGACUAUUUAACGAGAAAGUUUUAGCAAGAGGAUUCCGCGGUCAAAUUCUUCUCGGAUGUCUGACUAUCUCACGGGUCGAUUACCUGCGUGGUGCCCUACAAGAAGCCUCUAAAUCCAAAUACGCGGAUCGUUAUUUCUACACCAUUGACAAUGAGGGGAGAAGAGCAAAUCAAGUGUUGAAGCUUUCGCUUGAAUUGGAGACCAACAAUAUCGUUUACGAUACUGGAAUAUCUGCUUGUUUUCAUAUGUUGCCGUCAGCAUUUGACGAUGCCAUUCAAUACAGCCUAGAUGCAGAGGCGUACGCUGCUGUAGGCGUGUGGACUGUCGAUCGAAAAUCCACCAUGGCUCAUUACCUGGAAGCAGGUGUAGAUUUCAUCUUAACAAAUAGACCUAAAGUGGCUGUUGAACUAAUCGGUCUUGACAACAUCCCUUUACCCGGCGCAGCAUUCAGAACCACUUGGUAAGAUAAACAUAUUUUGAAAAUUGUAUUUAUGAUUGAUUACUAAGGAAUCUAUUUUGCAUAUGACGUCUAUGUAUUUAAAUAUAAAUUUAAUUUGUGGAGCCAUGUCUCUUAAGGUUCCAUGAAAUAAAUCAUUUAUUUUCAACAGCGUUUAAUAUCAGUUUACAGAUAUGAUGAAAGUUCGACAAUAUCGGUAUGAGAAUUUUUACUGAUUUAAUAUUAUUGCAUCAAUUUUAUUUUAUUUCAUUUUAUUUUUUUUUUACCCGAACCACCUUACAAGCAUUGGCUCGGCCUCCCACACGUCCUCUCCAUCAGACUCUUCGGCGAAUUCCGUUUCAUCGGAAAAUGUUAUUGUUUGACAGGUAGCCUGGAUGUCCCACCAAUUAGUCAUGUCGCUGUAAAUUUUGCCAGGCUUAUUGGGAACAUGAAGCAUACGGCAAAGUUCACACAUGCUCCGUUUUAUUCCGUCGUCGUUAUUGUUAACGACAUAGUGCUUUUUCCACCAAAAAUACUCGUUGUAAAGUGUGUCGUUUCCAUCUAGCAAAGUCAGAUAAUCGGCCAGCUCCCGGACGGACUGAUAAUCGGCUGCAUUAAUGUAAGAGUGUGGGGGAGCCAUUCGUGCGUGGUGGCCGUGUAGAUCAAAGACGAUCGGAAUUAUGUGGUAGCGCAUCUGAUCGAAAAACUUUUCCGUGACAUAAUCUUCGCACAGUGUGUUUUCCAGUGAGAGGUAGAAUUUGUAAUCGCGCUCCAACAUUUUGCGACAAAAUUCCGGAUUUGAACGAGAGCAACUCAUAUUCCCGCACUCCCCAUAAAUAUCGACGUCGAUAAAAGUUUUCAGUCGAUCGACGUAUUCGUUUCGAGCGCUUAAAGAUUUGCAAUUGGAAACGAACCAAGCGACCUUUUUUGUUUUUCCGGCUGUGUAACUGAUUGUUGAAUCGAAAUGGGUUUCAGCAAUAAGUUGUUCCAAUUCGUGCGUGUCAGAGAGUUUCGUCCCAAUAAUUGGAUUCGUCAAAGUUAUCCAUCCGUAAGGAUAAGCAAUAUCCGAGUCCCAACGAUACGUCAUUGUCCAGUUGAAAAAUUCGGCCAUGGUGUUUGUAUUGACGUAACGCCAACCUGGCGAUUCUCUGCUCCAAAAGAUGUAACGCUGAUGACGUGACCGAUUGACCGGGAGAUCCGUUGGAGUCCAUUUUCGCUGAUUAAAUACCACUGCAUCAUAGCUUUCAAUAGGGAUUGAGCUAUUGAGUCCUAGCAGUGACGGUAGUCCUGGGAAGGAAGGAGGGAGAUUUGCAGAUUUCGUUUUGGACCACGCUGCUUCAGUGUAGUGUUGCCAGUGGAGGAGUGAGGGUCUCGUUCCGGGAUCCGUUUGGAAAACAGAUUUCACUUAGGCAAAUAGUUACUGCAUCAAGACAAUUAACUCUAGAAAGAGUAAUUUGCAUGCCAAACAUGUCAAACCAGUCGAUUGAAAUGUGUCAUGGCUUUGGAAAAACUCCAGAUUUAAAUACCAGCUAUGGAAAUGCUCCUGAGGCUGAUGAUGAAAGCGUUGAAACAUACCACCUGAAUACACCACCUAAGAGCUACAGAUCUGCCGCCUACUGUUUCUCAAGUGUUGCUUUUUCCAAGCUGAAGGGAAUCGUAUUAAUCCUUGCAUGGUGGAUUGACUAUAUCACUUUCUACUCUUUAUUGCUUGAUACUUGUGUUCUCCAAAGUCGAGGAAUAACCAAAUUGAGAAAUCUAUGCAGGCAAGUGGGGCAACAAUGCAAGAGUCGAAAUAUCCUGAUGGUUUUCCUCUUUUUGCUACUCUGCUUCUGUGCAGGUGGAUUGCUACAUUCUGCUUUGCAUGCCUUCAUUACCCGCGCAGAAGAUGUCCCCUCUAAUACCUUAGUUAACCCUUUUCCAACCCAAGAUUUGCUUCCGACUUUAAAUUAAAACAACGACUUAUCUCGUCGCUACCUUAUCUCUUUUAAGAACUGAUAAAAUUGAACAAAUGUGCUAUCUAGAAGUAGAAGUUCCAAAUUAACGAUUUUUUUUUUUUUUUUUUUAAAUUUGGAACUCUAGUCUUUCAAGAAAAUUGAUGUCAAGGUAGCUAGACAAGUGGUGCGGUGCGAAAAAUGUGAUGUUUUGUUUUUGAAUGGUUUAAUAAGUUAACUAGCCCUCCUCUGUUUGCUUUGCCUCUACUAAAAUUGCUGUAUGUCAUUCUAGGAAUCUAGUGAAGUUGUUUAACCGCAUUUAACCUUUCUAAUUGGUAACUCCGAUGUGUAAAAUUGAAAUAAAGUAAACCGGAUAUUUUUGUAUUAUCAUCAAAAAUCAACAUUUUAACAUAUGUAAGCUGGCGGAACAUAAUGCUUUGCAAGCAAAUCAAAAUCUCUUUAUUUAUUUUGGAACUCAAUGACAAAAGAUUGUUCGGGAGCAGAAUCAAUCAGCUGGCUCAAAAAAAUCUUAGUCUGUGGUGAAACUGUUAAUACUUUGGAAACAUACCACAAAUCUUUUUGAUUUGGCACCAGCAGCCCAAUUCUAUGAUUUCCAUCAUCAUCAAAAACGAAACAAUAUACUAAGCUUAUUUUUGUGUUUUUGCACUUGUUCCAUUUUGGUAGUAGUCAAAAGGUGUGUAACAUUGUGUCCACCAGGUGCCGGAGUGUCUGUUCGUGAGGGAGUCGAAAUACGCCAUUGCUUUUGAGACACUGGACGGAAAUGUAGGAAUGUUGCUGACGCCUGACGGUGUUUUUCGCUUUUACUUUUAAAAACAAUGAGGUAUUUUUGUGUCAUUUGCCUAUGUUGGUGUCCAUGCAGUAUAUGCAGUGUUGUGCAAAAUAGUCGAUGUUGCCUGAUGGCUGUCGGGCUUAUUUUAUCGGCAGCAUUUUGUCGAUAUGUCGUCUCUUGCUACCUGUAUCGCCGUUGAGUUGAUUCGUUUGCCGCUGUUCCUUAGACUUGAUCCACCGGUGAAACUAAGAAGACGUUGCUGAAAUUCAAGAUUCGGAAGGCUUAAACGAGGAUGACGCGGAGGUGUUGUCCAUUGAGGGAUUUUGGUGACAAGGAGUCGCUAAACGAAACGCUAAACCAAAUGAAACAAAAAUAUUAAAAAAGCCAACGAUCCUUUAUAUAUCCGAGCCGAGUCCUUUCCGUCUACAUUCGGUGUGAAGAGCAAAACCCAAAUUUCAACACAUUUCACUGCUUAGCAACGAAAACAAAGCGAGUGUCAAAACAUUGUUUUACUUGCAAAUACUUUAUUGUGGCAGAAACGCGUUGGUCAUGUAACAGGGUGAAUUUUUUCCCCUUUUGUUCAUGCAGCAUCAAACGACACGCGAUAGGUUCCGGCGGUCAUCAUUUCAUCAACUAUUCAAGAUGGUAGAUCUGUCAAUGUAAAAGACAGGAUUUUCAUUUCCGACCGCAGGUGCAAGGAUUAUGUGUUUGAAACUUAGAUAAGUUUGCAGUAGAAUAUUAAAAAAAAAAGCCGAAUGUCCUUCAAACGGUUCGAAAUGGAAGAUUUAUUCAUUCACCGAAGAAACUAGUCAAAUGACUCAAAUGUCAAAUGUGACCCAUCCCCGGCAACGUCAACCUGCAGAAAGAAAAAGGUCAUUUUCUAUGGCCUUGACGCUCGAAGUUCACGGAGAUCAUAACGUAAAACGUGUCAUGCAGUGGUGUAGAGGUUGGGUGAGAACGACACGUGUUGCUUCAUUAUCAAAAAGGUCCAAUAGCCGCAAGGCUUAGGAGGUGAGGGUGAGGAAAAAAUCGGAUAAAAGGAGAGAGAAAAGGCGAUUGAAACCAGUCGAGUGAGCAUCUCCGACCCGGCAACAACUCCAUUCUUCGGACAUUCUUCGUCGUAAUAUCAGUUCGCAAUCAUGGUUAAUUAUGGCGUUGUGUUGCUGUCGGGCGUUGUAUCGUUGAUGUCGACUACGAGAGAAAUUUGUAUAAAAGGAAAGAGAAAAGUCGACAGAAGUCAAUCAAGUGAGCAUCUCCGACCCGUCAACAACUGCAUUCUUCGUCGUAUUAAUAGGUCGCAGUCACAAUCACGGCAUAACUAUGGCGUCGUGCAGCUAUUGGUUGUUUCGUCGAUUUCUGGGUUGACCACUGGUGUGCUGAUGCCGCUGGGUAUGGCGGAUACCAAACCGCAACGCCGCCGCCUUACUACACAACAACAUACGCAACGACUAGUUACUACACCGAGGUUGCACAGUUAGGUUUACAGUUACACCACCAAGGGUCCACCACAACUUAUGCUGCUCCGAGCUAUUACACCGAAGACCAGAAGUUUUAUUCUUCCCCGAGCUACACUACCAAAUCGCAUGUGCACACCUCCGAGGCUCCUAAGUACUACACCACCAAGGCACCUGAGUCUACACAACUACCUAUACUGUCCCAAGUACUACACCAAGGCUCCAAAGUACUACAGCACUAAGGCACCGGACUACUACACGACUAUAUAUGCUGCCCCCACCUGCGACACCGAGGCUCCAGCUUUAUUACCUUACCAAAGCGGUCGAACACAGUGGCGCCCAAGUACGAUGGAAAUCAGUCCAGUGAGCAUCUCCGCCGCCCUACAAGGCAGCCCCGAAGUUUCGAAUAAACUUAGUUUCAAAUAGUGGAACGGCAAAGAGCGAGGUCUCUUUUUCGAACAAGACGAAUUCUAUUGCAAUCCCUUUAAGAUAGCGGCGGCGUUGCAGUCGUACGUUGACAACGCGUCGUUAAACUUGACAUUGUUGGUCGGAAAGCCUAACUUCAUGAUGGCCGUACCAUCACCUACGACAAGUGCCUUAUUGCCACAGGUGGUAAACGAAAAUCUUUGCCAAACCCCUGAGCGGUGCCCCUAAAGAUGUCCACGAGCAAGUGACGCAACAUCUAUGGCCCAGUCCUCCCUAACUAUUUGAGCCAAUGGACUUUCGAGAAGGUGGAAGCGGAAGACGUUUAUGUGUUGCCCAAAGCAAAUGUUGAGGAUGUAAGUCUGGAAGACAACAAGGUCGCAUUGACCUUAAACGAUGGUCAAAAGCAAAUUUAAACUGACCAUGUCGUCGCUGCUGUCGGUUUGAACGUAAACACGGAUUUGGCUGUCGCUUUUGGAUUGAAAUAGAUUCCAAUUUUGGUGGUUAUCGAGUCAAUGCUGAGCUUGAAGCACGACCAAACGUCCGGUUGUUUAUUUUUUAUUAGACUGGAGAUGCUGCCUUGUUUUGUGAUCAAGAUUGUGAGCAAAUUGGUUCGUCAUCGUAUUAAACAUCACCACCAUGCUGUUGUAUUAGGGCGAUUGGCUGGAGAGAAGAAUACUGGCAACGAAACACGGAUGAACAACUGCAGUGCACUGUCACCAAGUGCAUUCUUCGUCGUAUUAUUAGUACGCAAUCGUUGAUUGUGAUGUCGUGAUGUUGCUGUUUGCCGUGUCGUUGAAGGCUGGGUCGAUCACUGGUGUACAGAUGUCUCCUGGGUAUGGCGGAUACCAAAUUACCACGCCGCCGCCUUACUAAACAACGACAACAUUCGCAAGAACCGGUUACUACACUGAGGCACACCAUUACUACACCACCAAGGCUCCAGAGUAUUACACCGCAGCUAAUGCUGCCCCGAGUUACAUCAUCAAACGUACUACACCGAGGCUCCCAAGUACUACACCACCAAGUCACCGGAGUACUACACGUAUGUUACCCAGCUUGCUACACCGAGGCUCCCAAGUAUUACCUAGUUCCUAGCUACUACACCGAGGCUCCAACUUAUUACACCACUAAAGCGGCUGAACACUACACCGAGCCACCCAAGUACUAACCAACGAGGCUCCAGAGUAUUACACCACAACUUGUGCUUCCCCGAGCCACUACACCGAAGCCCCGAAGUAUUACUCUGCCCCAAGCUACACAACUACAACUGAGGCGGCCAAGUAUUACGCAGCCCCGACUAACUACACAGCGGCUGCUCCUGCGUACUACGUUGAACCGGAAUACUACACCGAGGUUCCAGUUUACUACACCACAACCUACGCUACACCUAGCUACACCUAGCUACUACACCGAGGCCCCUAUGUACUACACUACCAAGGCACCUGAGUAUUAUAACACUACUUCCGCUGCUCCGACCAACUACACCGAAGCUCCGAAGUAUUACUCUAUCCCGAGUUACUACACCACAAGGCACCUGAAUAUUACACCACACCCUACGCUUCUCCCACUUAUUACAGGGACGUUUCUAAAUACUAGAGUCGAAUUUUCAAUUUUAAUAAUGUUCAGAUUUGUCGGUCAUAUCUUAAUAAUUACUAGUCACUGGGAAUUGUUGAUCUUUGAAGAGGAAUAGUUUUUUUUUAACCUGGGUUAUCAUUUUGUACGACUUAUCUUGCCACCUAAAAGCCUUUGACAUUGCGACGUUUUUUUAUUUUUAUUGAAUCUUUCCUAUUUCGCAUGUUGGAGAUGACUAUUGCUCUAGUCGCUUUGCAUUCCGACAUGUUCUAGUGUUUGGACGAACUUCAUUUACAGGGCAAGUUACGAAAGAAACGUACUGUGGUGUUUACUAAAGAAAUUUGAUGUUAACAGCUGGCGUAACAAAGGAGUUGCAGAUAGUGUUUGGUUUUUCAUAGAAGUUUAUUUGAAGGGUCUGGAGUUGAUCAGUCACUUGCCUAUAACUUAUGUAAAACUUCAAAGUUAUAAAAAAUAUACAAGUCUUGAACUAAA